ACCAACCUCCAUUAAAACAAGUUCUCAACUCCCUCCAUCAUCAUUCUUUCACAUUGCUUCAUCCACAAGCAACCUACCUACAAAACAUGACCACCAAACCUACUGUUAGUACCUUCACAUGCAAGAAACACUUUACCACCCCAUGCAAAACCAUCACUUGUCUCUUCAAAUUCAAAAAACCAACCUUUAUAAGAAGAAAUGUUUCUCCUAAAUCAACCAAGACACACCAUUUUUGUUGUUUAACGUCGUUUUUUGGCUCGUUAAGAAGGCCAAAAGACAUGGACCGACUCAUGGAGCUCAAGAGCUUUUCGGACGCUGGGUUUGUGCAGAAAGCGCCAUGCCCAUCGCCUUUAACACCGGCGUAUGUCAAGAUGGGGAGAGCUGAUACUUUUGUAGCGAUUGUUGAAGACGACGAUGAUGCCAAAGAUGAUUGCCAGAGGUUUGAGAGUUAUUUGGUGAAGAUGGUAGCACAAGAAGGGAACACAAGGGACUUGGUGGAUGUGGAAGAGCUUCUUUACUGCUGGAAGAAUCUCAAGAGUCCUGUGUUCAUGAACUUGGUCUGUAGGUUUUACGGCGAGCUUUGUAAAGAUCUGUUUUCUACCAACGAAGAUAACGAUUGCGACAACAAUGAUAUUCAUAGCCUAAUGUAACACGAUGAUGACGUAUGUUUGGUCAUAAAUAUUGCACGACUAUUGUCACUUUUUAAUCCAAAUGGAUCGUGUAUGCAAUCUAAUAGGAAAACAAAAGGAUGGAUUCUGAACCUUGUAUGGACAACAUUUUUUUAUUUGAUCAUCAACAAGAUGUUUUAGGUU